AAAUGAACGUUUGCAGUUCGCGAUAUUGUCAAUAUAACUUAAGUAUAGGUUAAAUGGUUCCCAUUCCAAAAAACAGGAUUUAUUGUCCAUUUUGCAAAACCACAUAUUAUUGUUCUUAGAGAUGCAGAGAUAUAGACUGGUACUAAUAGGAAUAAAUAAUUUAGGACUUCUGGACAUAAAUCUUAAUGCAUACCUUAGAAAAUGAUAAAUUCUCAAGAGAUAUCAAAUAGUGAUAAUGUUUCAACCUUAAGAUAAAUGAAGAGAACGUCAGAAGAAUUCGAGUUAAUUUAUGAUUAUCCAUAAUUGGGAAAAGGAAGUUUUGGAGCAGUUAAAUUAGUGAAAGAUAAAACUAAUGAAUAAUUAUAUGCAAUGAAGAUUGUACUUAUUAUACUAAAAACAUAAGAUAAACAAAAAAGAUAUCUUUGAGUAUUGCUCUAUUGAAAACUUAAAAAGAGAGAUAAGAAUCCAACGUAAACUAUAUCAUCCAAAUAUUACAUAACUUUAUCAUUAUUUUGAAGAUAAAGAUCGUGUUUAUUUGAUAUUAGAAUAUGCAGAACAUGGUUCAUUAUUUUAAUAUUUGAGAAGGAGAGGAAAACUUACAGAGAAUGAGGCUAUGAAAUUUUUUAAGUAAACUUGUUUAGGAAUCCAAUAUUUACAUUAAUAAGAUAUAAUACAUAGAGAUUUAAAAGUAUAUUAUUUAAUCAUAAUUUUUAAGCCUGAAAAUAUUUUGUUAGAUAUACAAGAUAAUGUAAAGAUUUGUGAUUUUGGUUGGUCUGCUGAAAACCUAGGGUCUGUUAAAAGAAAUACUUUUUGUGGAACUAUUGAUUAUAUGGCUCCAGAAAUGAUUGAAGAUAAACCUCAUGAUUACACUCUUGAUAUAUGGUGUUUAGGUGUAUUAUUAUAUGAACUAUUACAUGGAUAAGCUCCUUUUGAUGGUAAGAAUGAUAUUGAGAAGUGUUAGAAUAUUGUUAAAGUUCAUUAUAAAAUAGAUGGAUCAUUGACUAAAGAAGUAAAGGAAUUAAUAAUGAGUUUGAUUACUUAUAAUUAAUAAGAUAGACUUAGUCUUUCAUUAAUUUUAAAUCACAAAUGGUUUAAAUUAAAUCAAUAGAAUAAUACAAAUUCAAAUAAACAUGGACGAACUAAAACUCAUAAUGCAUAUUCAAUCCAUUCUUAAGCAUAAUAUAUCAAUAAAUCAACUGCAUCAUCACAAUCUUCAAUAAUCAGAAAUAACAUAACAACUCAUGAAACUUAAAAUGACACAUCUAUUGAAAUGAAUUUUUAAAGAAUCAGUAGAAACUCUGAUAACCAAAGAAAAUAAAUUAGAUCAUAAACUUAAUAAUCAAUUAAUAAUGAAUCAUUUAUGCAUAAAGUUCUUGUAGCUUUAGGUUGUGUUAAGAGAGAAUAGGCUUAAAGUAAAAAUUAUUGA